AUGAUUAAAAAUGGUUAUAACAUGUAUGCUUGCUAUUGCUGCAAGUCCCCUGAAGUAAUAACAGAUUGGAAGAAAAACUUAUGUGCGCAGGCGUACGAUGGUGCUGCUGCAAUGCAAGGAACUUAUUCAGGGUUACGUACAUUUAUUCAAUGCGAAAACUCAAAGGCGAUAUAUGUAUGGUGCUUUGCACACUUAUUAAAUCUAGUUGUGGUUGAUACCUGUGACUCUUGUAGUGACACAAAAAAUUUUUUUGGUCACUUGCAAUCAGUGAUUGAAUUCAUGAGGGCUAGGAAAAGAACUGCUGUGUUUAUUGAAUGUCAACGUGAUUUAUAUCCAGAAGAACGGAUUUGUCGUAUGAAAAGUUUUUCUAAUACGAGAUUGACAUCUCACGAUCGUGUAAUUAAUGUUGUAUACAAACGAUUUAAAGCAUUAUUAAAAUCAUUAAUUAUUUUGGAAUCAUUCAAUGAUAGAGUAACGUCUUCAAAUGCUAGUAUAUUUAAAAAUAUUUGUUCAACAUUUAGUUUUGUUGUAACAUUAAUUUUUAUGAAAAAAGUUUUUUCGGUCACCACACCACUAUCCAACUAUUUACAGUCAAAAUCACUGGACUUUAUUGAGGCAUUAAGACUUGUGAAUAACGCAAAAGAAAAUUUACUAUUAAUGCGCUCUGACAUCAAAUAUGAACAAAUUAUAAAUGAAGCCAAACAAUUUUGUGAAGAACAUGAUCUGCCUGAAAAGGACUUUAAAACUAUUAGAUCGAAAAAACGGAAGAGAUUCAGUGGGGCUCAAAAUAUUUUAAAAGACUUAGCUUUACUGUCACCUGAGCGUCUAAUUGAAUUUGGAAAAGAUCCCGAGCAAGAGUUACCAAACAAUUGUUUUAAUUAUGUUGCAGAAUGGAUAGAUGGUAUAUCAUUAGAAAAUUUAAAAAAUGAAUACAAAGUGUUUAGUACUAGUGUAGUAUCUUUGCAUGAUGGAAAUAAAUUUCCGACCAAUCUUCACAACACAAGCAUUAUUGAUGAAACAACAUCAGAAUUAAACCAAGAAACCUUACAAACCAGUGAAUCAGAAAUUGACCAUGAAGAAAGCGAAGCAAUAUGUUACAACAAUACUAUUACUGUAUCCAGUAUUUUACAUGUUUUAACAAGUUUUGAUUUGGUAUCUGCGUUCCCAAACUUAUAUCUGGCUUACAAGGCAUUAGGAACAGUACCAGCAUCUUCAGCGUCAGCCGAACGAAGCUUUUCUAAGGUAAAAUUAGUAAAGACGAGACUACGCUCAACAAUGGGUGAAGAACGACUUGAAAGUCUCAUUCUUUUAAGUUGUGAAAAGGAUAUAGAUAUAAAUAUUGAAGAAGCAAUAAACAGAUUUGGACCAGUAACCAUCCCAGCUGUUGAAAAGGCACUUGAACACUAUCGCACUCUACAAAAUGAGCCACUUAGGACCGGACGAACUUUCAACAGGAGUACUCAAGAAGCACAAGAAGUACGAAAUAAGUACAAACGAUUUUUCAAUGGAUCCGGGGCAGUUUCUUUCCAAUAA